UGCAUUGAAUUCAGUCAUCCUUUCUCUCUGCUUUCUAUUACAAAAUGCGUAAAAAGCCAAGACAUGUUUCACUUUUUUUCCCGAUGUUCUUUUUCUAUGAUAUGAUGGUUUGUCUGAUGGUUUGUCUGAUUUGUAUGAUUGUAUUUAUGUGUGUGUGAUGUGCUCUGCAGCAAAGGACCAAGUGAUCUUCCUGACCAAGGAGGAGGAGGCCGCGCAGCCAAAGGAGGCCAUCCAGCCCGACAACGGCGAUUUCCGGCAGGCCGUCGGACCCAACGGCGAGAUUGACUGGGACUGCCCGUGCAUCAAGCCCAUGACAGAGGGACCUUGCGGUCUUGAAUUCAAGGACGCUUUCUCGUGCUUUGUCAAGAGCAAGGAGGAAAUUAAGGGCUCGGAUUGCAUCGAAGCUUUCCGCUUGAUGCAAACGUGCAUGGCUUCGCACCCAGAAGAGUACGGUGGCAACAAGGAUGCCGACGCCGAGGACGAGGCGGAUAUUAACGCUGCCGUGCUGGCCUCGCAAGAAGCCGAGCUUGACGCCAAUCCCGCAGACCUCCCCGUCGAAGAGCCCGCAGCAUCUCAACCACAGGCAAUUGUCGCCUCGUCCAUUGAUGAAUCGUCCUCAUCCUCAUCAUCCGGAUGGUGGUUUUGGUGAAUGAUUGUUGACGCGGAUUGUAUGUUUUGAUUGUGUAUCCAUUUGGGAAUUACAGUACGUUUGCUUCCCCC